AUGGCUUUUUCAUCUGAACAGGAGUCUUCAUCUACCGCUGUUUCUCCAAGUUCACAUUUUGUUGGAGCUCAGGAAACCUCGCCAGCCAACUCUUCUACUUUAUCUCCAUUUAGUCCAGUUGAAGGCACUAUGCAAAAGCUAUUUAUGUUGGCUUUGUCUGCUCAGCAUUCUGAAGAUCAGAUGACAUCUUCUUUUGUAUCUGGCCUACUUGAUUCACCACAAACAUUAAGCGAAUCUCAAACGCAGCCAAAUAUGCGCUGGCAUGUCUCAUACUUGGGGUUGUGGCCCUCGCACCAAGGUGGGCUUUAUCAAACUCUUAGCUUUGUCCAGGCUGAGUUCACACACGACCUAAUCAGUCUGGUUAAAUUAUCUGUACGCGAAUGCUUCAUCACUGGUCUGUGGCGCCGACUGUUUACAGCUGAACUCUUUCCGGCUCCAGGAAAACAGGCUGUGAAUGGUCCCCAGUCUCGUCUGCCAGCCCGACAAUCUGCCCUAGCGACU